UCGAGAGAAAUUCCACAUCGAUCGACUGAUAUUACGGGACAACGCACCACACCGCUGGCCAUGUCUCAGGAUCAGGCUGUCGGCGCACCGCCCGCCGUGGCAGAGGUCAAGGAUGAGAUCAAGCCUGCCUCGCAGAAGAUCGAUCCAUACAAUGUCGCGGGUGAAGUGGACGAGUCUGGCAAUGUGAAAGCCAUUGACUAUGACCGCCUCAUCCAGGAAUUUGGCGUGCAACCCUUGACUGAGGAGCACCUCAAGAGAUUCGAGCAGGUCACCGGCAAACCAGCUCAUCGACUGAUGCGACGGAAAUUGUUCUUCUCACACCGCGACUUCGACAAGAUCUUGGACGUAUACGAAAAGUAUGGCACCUUCAUGCUCUAUACCGGUCGAGGUCCCUCGAGUGGAAGCAUGCACUUGGGACACACUGUGCCAUUCCUGUUCACGAAAGAGUUGCAGGAGAUUUUCGAUGUGCCACUUGUCAUCAUGUUGACAGACGAUGAGAAGUAUCUGUAUACACGCCAAAAGAAUGAUGGAGUACAAAAGAAGGGAGCUGAGGUGGAAGACUUCAUGGAGUUUGCACAUGAGAACAUCAAGGAUAUUAUUGCUCUUGGGUUCGAUCCCAAGAAGACCUUCAUCUAUACCGACUACGAGUUCGUAGGAGGCCAUUUCUAUUGGAAUGCCUCGGAAUUCGAGUCACUCGUGACAAACAACCAGGCGUUCGGUGCUUUUGGGUUCGGUGGCAGCACGAGUGUCGGAUUGACAUCAUACCUUGCCAAACAAUGUGUUGCAGCGUUCCCGUCCUCAUAUCCAGAACUCUUUGGCUACAAGGACUAUCGGUAUCCUGAUCUCGACCCUGCUGGCAAGCGGCGGCACAAGGCGCUGUCCAAAAUUCCAACGCUCAUUCCAUGCGCCAUCGACCAAGAACCAUACUUCCGUGUGCUACGAGAUCGCUGCGAACGCAUGACGAAUCCUCACCCGAAGACGACACUGAUCCUUUCAAAAUUCUUGACUGCACUACAAGGUCCAGGUGGUAAAAUGAGUGCUUCUGACAAGAACUCGGCCAUCUUCAUGUCAGAUAAGCCGAACGAGAUCAAGAACAAGAUCAACAAACAUGCGUUUUCAGGAGGACGGGAAACGAAAGAGGAGCAUGAGAAGUAUGGCGGCAACCCAGAUGUUGACGUUGCCUGGACAUAUCUGUCAUACUUCUUGGAGUCCGACGAGGAGCUCGAAGACCUGGCCAACCAGUACCGUGCUGGCAAGCUCAUGACUGGCGACAUGAAGAAACGCUGCAUAGCAGAAUUGCAAAAGUUUGUCACCGACUUCCAAGAACGAAGAAGCAAGAUCGAUGACACCGUGAUGCGCGAGUUUACAAGAUUACGAAAGCUCGAAUUCAAUGGCAACCCGAACCCCACCCAUCCGCAGGGCGAAUCAGAGGCCAAUGGGGACGCAAAGGGCGAGGAGAAAGUUGUGCGUGAAGACGGCAAGUUGACUAAGGGUGAAAGGAAAGCUCUCAAGAUCGCACAGCAGAAGGCUGAAAAGGAGCGAUUACGGCAAGAAAAGGAGAGCGGUCAAGCACCUGCACAGAAGAGCACUGAUGAUGCCCUGUCAAGUGAAGCUGACAAGCUGAAGUUGGUCGAGGGGGAUGUCUCGAAAUCAUAAAAUUAGAUGUACGAUACUGGAGCGUUCAUAGUGAAACGCAACUACAAUCGGCGAAGAUGGCGCGUUAAACCCAUCUCGAAGGGUCAAAGUCGCUGUACAGAGUCUCGAGUAGAGUGUCAGGAGCAUCAGGUCCAACAUCAUCGUGCUCCCUCCAGAGCGCAUUCAAAGCAGGGAUUUGCUCUGAAGCACUUUCAGCUUUGCAUGUGAAGUGCUUGGUACGCGUGGGUUUUACGACGUCGCCUGGAAUGAAAUCACUUUGACAAGAACAGAACGACUAGAAAUGCACGGCAACCCUUCGUCUGAUCACGAGGAACAGUAUGACUCCGAUAGGAAUCUGAAUCUUUAAAAAC